AUGUAAAAUCAAUAAAAGAUAAGAGUGGCAGUUCGUAUUAGACCUUUGUUAGAUAUUGAAAAAAAAUAGGGAAAUUUUAAUUCAAAAAUAGAUUAGAAUGGAUAGGAAAUAGUAAUAAAAGAAGAGAGAAAUAAAAAAAGUUAUAAGUAAGAUGUAAAUCAAGUAGAUUCGAUCAUGUGUUACCUGAGACAGCAUCAUAGGAUUAGGUUUAUAAGAGUUGUGAAAUAGAUGAAUUAGUAUAAUCUGUUAUUGAUGGAUAUCAUGUGACAGUUUUUGCAUAUGGUUAAACAGGGUCUGGAAAAACAUAUACAAUGGAAGGUUAACGAGAUAAUGAAGGAAUUGCAAUCAAGCAUGAUGGAAUAAUUCCUAAAACCAUUCAUAGUUUGUUUAAUAAAAUAAAAUAGAAUGCACUUCAAAGAGAUUACUCAGUCUAUUGUUCUUAUUUGUAAAUUUAUAAUGAAAAAAUUUAUGAUCUUUUGGGGGAAACAAGUAAAGCUAAUUAUGGUAUUCCAAUUAAUGGUUUGAAAAUGAGAUGGAAUGUUAGGGAUUAGUUUGUAGUUGAAAAUCUAUUUGUUUAUCAAUGUAAAUCAGCUGAUGAUGUUAUUAAAUUAUUUAAAUUGGGAAGUAGAAAUAGAAUAACAGCAAGUCAUAAAUUAAAUUUUUCAUCUUCUCGAAGCCAUUCUAUAUUUGAAAUAAAGAUAGAAAGCAUAGAUCUAAAAAAUCCAGAUUAUUUCAUAACAUCUAAAUUAGAGUUAGUAGAUUUAGCUGGAUCAGAAAGAAUCAGUAUAACAGGUACUGAAGGUAAAUAAGCUAAGGAGAGUAUAGAGAUAAAUAAAUCAUUAAUGACUUUGAGAUAGGUAAUAGCAAUUUUAAGUGAUACAAAUAAUAAAACUAUUCCUCCUUAUAGAGAUUCAAAAUUAACUUGUUUAUUGAAGUAAUCUAUAGGAGGGAAUUGUUUCUGUUUAAUGAUUGCUUGUAUUGCACCUUUAGAUAUAUUCUAUGAUGAAAAUGUAUCAACAUUGUAAUAUGCUACAAAAGUAUAGAUCACACAUUAACUUAGGCAGCUUAUAUAACCAAUAUUCCUGUAAAGAAUGAUGAUCCAAAGUUAAAAGUUAUUAAUGAAUUAAAAUAAUAGAUAAAUAGUUUAAAAUUAGAAUUGAGUAAGGCUAAUUAACAAAUAGAAUUUUUAUCUAAUAUUGUUUAAAAGAAGGAUAAUAAUUAAAAUAUUAAUAGUAUUAAAACAAAGAGUAAUUUUGAUAAAUUAUUAAAAAAUCAAUAGAGAUAAUUAGAAUAAGAAUCUUCAGAAGAUGAUGUUAAUAAAUUUGAAUAAGCAUAAUUAAAUGAUAGAUUAAUUGAUUCAAUAAAUAUGGUAAGAGAAUUGUUAUUAUCGAAUAAAGAGAUGAGAGAAAGAGAAGAGUAAAUAAAUUAGAAAUGUGAAUCAAUGUAUAGAGAAAUUCAGUUUUUAUAGAAGGAUAAUUUUGAAUUAAGAGAAAGAUUGGGAGAUCCUGAUUAAUCAAGGGAAUCUCAUUAAAAAAGACCUUAAACAAUUAGAAAGAAUACUAUGAUGGUAGAGGAAAUAGGAUGUUUACCUGAAUAGAUGACUCAAUUUUAGAAGAAUUUUUAGAAAGAUUAUAGAGAUACUCAAAAUAAAGAUUCACAAAUGUUAAUGAGAAAUCAAAGUAUUUUGAAGUAUCUAAAAUAGAUAUUAGAGCAUAUUCAUAAAGAACUUAGAGUAGGUAAUUGCCUUUGAUAUCUAAUUAUCAAUUAAGUUUUGAGGAAGUUUAAUAAGAUGAAAUGACCAAUUUUCGUAGAAGAAGUUUAUAUUAGAAAUAAUUUAAAUGA